AUGAUUGGAAAGAGUGGUCUCUAUAGACCUGUCGUACGGCGGUGGAAUUUAAGUAGUAGUAGUAGUAGUUCAGAAAUGUUGUCUCAUUCAAACAAUAGAAAUUAA